AUGGUCCGGGACCAGGCCAGACAGACAUACAAACCCCAUUUUAUCUUGCCGACGAGAACAGUUAUAUAUAAUUACCCCAAUUUCAUCCUUCUCUUCCAACCCGCCGCCAAAUCAGAUCCCACCAUAUCCAUCUCCAUCUCCAUCCCCAUGAGCCAGCCGCUCCGCAGCGACGGAGACUGUUCUUCCAACAAGAAGAUCCGAUCAGGCGGCGGCGGCGACGGCGGCAGAGAUGCCGAUAGAUUGUCGAAAUUAGAAUCCGCGCUAAGCGACAACCUGCUGUUCGAGAUUCUUCGUCACAUGGACGACGGCCGCAGCCUCGGCAGGGCGGCGUGCGUCAGCCGCCGGUGGAAGCGAGUCGCCUACGACGAAUGCCUCUGGGAAAUGAUCUGCGAAAGGAACCACCGGCGCAGCCUCGCCCAGCUCCGUCCCCUCGCUCUAGCCGUCGGAGGAUUCCGCCGCCUCUUCUCCAGCCACGUCUCGCCGCCCGCUGCUGCUCCAUCUUCGUGGCCCCGCGCCUUCUGCCCCUGGCCUCGCCUUCCGCCAUUUCCGUUGAGGUCUUAUAAGGAUGCUGAGGAUGAUUAUUCGGUUACGUCGCUGUGUAUGAAGUACUACAAGAUAAUCGGUUCUAAGGAUCGACAAAUCAGGGAUUAA